AUGCAUGGCUAUUUACGUCCAAUUCUGACAGAGCACUGGAAGGACAAAGACCCUGAUAUGAAGAUCUUUGGUCCAAUGCCUCCUGGUGUUGCAAUCAAAAUGAACUACAUCCAGCAUAUGAAGAGAAGCAAAUACUGUAUUUGCCCCGAGAGUUACGAGGUCAACAGCCUACGAGUGGCUAUACUAUUUUCAGAAGCGGGUCUGGGCGGCGCUAGCAGGGUCUGGGCGGCGCUAGGUGAGUCUAGGCGGGUCUGGGCGGCGCUAGGGUGGGUUUGGUUCUUUAGGGUUUGGGGUCUGGGUGCCAGGGUGGGUCUGUCGUAUUUUUUCCAGGUUAAAAGUGUUGUGCCAUUUAGUGAGCCAUUUACAGUGGACCCUCAAAAUCCACCCCCUGAGAAGGACUACAAUGUUUACUUUAAAACUUUGAAAGAUGGAAUUACAGGAAAGGAAAUCCUCGAACAUGAUCCUGUACCAGUGUAA